AUGUGGAAGUUCCUGAUCUUUAUGGCCGCUGUGGCCGCCUGGCCGGACUCAUCACAAGGUCAACAACGGUACCUGACCAGCGUCGACGGCUUUGCGUUUUACAAAAUUCGCGCUUCUGGGAGGAUGACCAAUGCCAACGUAAAGGUCACGUGCGAGGCGGCGGGGAUGAGGUACCCCUGUCACUGGUCAGGUAUGGCUGGGUGUACCAGCUACUGGACCUCGGGCUGCAUCGCGUAUGACGGCACCGGUGUCGGCUGUAGUACCAACCAGGUCCUCUCAUCAAAGCUGUGUGGAAAUACUGACUUUCGGUACUGUCAGCCUCUGGAUGACACCUUUGUGUAUAUCCCUGGCUGGCGGAGUGAUGACAGCGCCUACGGUGUGGACUACGAGACUCACACCCACAACCUGCAAGGAGCAAACUUCAACAACAAGUACGCCCUGUGUGCAGUCUUUGAUAACUGCGCGUCCUCCCCAUGCACACAUGGAACUUGUACGAAUGGAGUGGGGAGCUACACCUGUAGCUGUGAGAACGGCUGGGAAGGGACGGACUGUGAUCAAGAUAUCGACGAGUGUGCGAGCAACCCUUGUUGGCUGGGAGGGACCUGCCUGGAUCACGUGGACGGGUACAGCUGCGUCUGUCCUAAGGACAAGACGGGCAAGAAUUGCGAAACUGGGCCUUUUAGCGGAGAAUGCUACGAGUUUUCAACCGUAGCCUUACCACACCGUGAGGCGACAGAGGCCUGCAGCACCAAUGGCGGCCGCUUGGUGGACGUGAAAGACGACAAGCUGCAGCGUUUCCUCGCCGACAAGAUCUCGGUCACCAGCCGCGCUUCCAACUGGCUGGCUAUGAGAAGUGCCCCAUCGCCGGUCUACUACAGUGACGGAUCCUCUAGUUCAGGUUCCCUUCAGUGGUCAGCAGAAGAACCGUCCUCCCCUUUGGACCUGUGUGUUCUCCUGGACAGUUCUGACAACUACAGGGCUAAGACUGUUUUCUGCUCGGAACAACACAACUACAUUUGCGAGUCUGCUGCCAAGCCCUGUGAACCAAACGUGUGUCAGAACGGCGGAAACUGCACCUCCUGCUUCAACGGCUCCAGCACCUUCUGCGACUGUCCUGAGGGGUUCGAUGGAAGAACGUGUGAAAUAAACAUUGACGAGUGUGCCUCCAAUCCGUGCCAAAACCAUGGAAGUUGUGAUGACGGCAUCAACUCCUACAGCUGCCGCUGCCUCCUCGGGUUCCAGGGCGACCACUGCGAAACAGUCCCAGAUCGGUGCAACCCAGACCCAUGUCCGUUAAGCUGGACAUGCGUAGAUCACACCUUGUACUUUUCGUGCGACCCUCCUUCAGCCAAUCGGAUGGUCUCCUACCAGUGCAGUAGCGCCUCCUGUCCGGACGGCAUGUACUGCACCGAGGAGGGUGCGGCCUCUUUCUCGUGCAAACCUGAGUGA